AUGGCAGUUUGGGAGCGCCAGCGCAGCAGCAGUCCCAUCUACUCACUUCUCCUCGAGUCAAUAGAAAUAUACCAUGCUGAACAUGGAAUUAUUCACGCCACAUUACCGAUACGAGCGCUUCAUGUCAACUCCAAGGGCACUCUGCACGGCACAUUGUCUGCAUGUGUUGUAGACUGGGCCGCUGGAAUGGCGAUCGCAUCAACAGGACACCAAGUUACUGGCGUUAGUACGGACCUAUCGGUCAGCUAUCUUUCUACAGCGAAACUGGGCGACACAUUGGAAAUUCAGGGGAAGAUUGGGAAGAUCGGGAAAACCCUGGCAUUCACCACAAUCACUAUCGGCAAGCGAGUUGAAGAAGGCAUAGUGAACGUUGUGCAAGGUUCACAUACUAAGUACAUAAGACAAUAA